AAAAUAUCCAGACAUUACUUACCUUCUUGAUUCCUUUGGGAAUUGAUAAAAGAACAAACAAACUUCUCUAUCUGUAUCCAUCGUUCACAAAUGUCGACGACCACCCUAAUCCCCUGCUGUUCUUCAGCUAAUAUCAUUUCUUCAUCACGGCAAACUACCACUACAAUUAGGGUGUGUUCGGUACUUGGUAGAAAUAAAAAUGCCCCGUUACUACCACCGUUAAACCCUAAAGACCCAUUUCUUUCUAAACUCGCCUCCAUAGCCGCCGUUACGCCACCCGAAAGGCUUCUCAAUCGACCUGCCGAUUUGGAUACACCGCCUUACUUGGACCUUUUUGAUUCCCCCACCCUCAUGGCUACUCCUGCCUCAGUGGAAAGAUCCGUAUCUUACAAUGAACACAGGCCAAGGAGGCCUCCUCCAGACUUGCCGUCAUUGCUACUCCAUGGAAGAAUAGUGUACCUCGGCAUGCCGUUGGUGCCAGCAGUUACAGAGCUCAUCAUUGCUGAAUUAAUGUAUCUGCAAUGGAUGGAUCCCAAAGAGCCUAUAUAUCUCUAUAUAAAUUCCACCGGAACUACACGUGAUGAUGGUGAAUCGGUUGGAAUGGAGACCGAGGGUUUCGCGAUUUAUGAUGCUAUGAUGCAAUUGAAAAAUGAGAUACACACUGUUGGAGUUGGAGCUGCUAUAGGGCAUGCAUGUCUCUUGCUUGCUGCAGGGGCUAAGGGCAAAAGGCUUAUGAUGCCACAUGCAAAAGCUAUGAUACAACAGCCCCGUGUUCCAUCAUCUGGAUUAAUGACAGGCAGUGAUGUUAUCAUACGUGCAAAGGAGGUAAUCAUCAACAAGGACACACUUGUAGGCCUCUUGGCAAAGCACACUGAAAAUUCAGUGGAAACUGUGACACAAGUGAUGAGGAGACCUUUUUAUAUGGAUUCCACUACAGCUAAAGAGUUUGGUGUAAUUGAUAAGAUACUUUGGCGUGGUCAGGAAAAGAUCAUGGCAGAUGCUGCUCCACCAGAGGCAUGGGAUAAGAAUGCCGGAAUCAAAUCUCUCGAUGCAAUGUAGCUUCUUAAAUCUUAACACAAACUGCUUAUGCUCUAGUUCAUUUUCUGCUAUGAAUUGGUGACGGGGAAAGAUUUGAACUUGACGUAUAAAUUUCAUUUCAUUUCUGCAGUUCAUGACUUACAUUAUUGUUUGCUAGUCAGAUGGGUAAAUAGGGAACAUGUCAGUUACUCAAAGCAUUCAUUAUGUUUAGUUGUUUACAACCUCCUUAGUUGCUUGGCUACAAUGCAAGCUACACACUUGACUCCUACUAUGUAUCUUUGUAGUAUCGUAAGAUCUUAAUGAGCUUUGAUGGUGUGUAAAACCACAUUGCCCAUGA